AUGGCCACUAAUUUAGCUUCUUGUUUUAAUUUUCGCUCUUCUCCUUUCCGGUUAACUGUGGGUGAGAGGGAGCUCAAGCUGGAGGAAGACAAGAACCAGUUGUCCAAGGGCUUAGACCCUUGGACGAGCAACCCUACCGCCAGCGCGAGCACCUUGCACUACCUGCUCCAGGAGAAGGAGAGGGCGCAGCAAGCGCAUGAGCAGCUUCAGAUCUACCAGCAGCAGCAGGGAUUCGGCAGCUUCCUGCAACACCGGAUCAGGCAGCCGGCGAGCCGGGGGCCGGGAGGUGGAGGCGGCGGCGGCGAUGGCGGCGGCAGCAGCGGCGAGUCGACGCCCGUCGAAGCGCUGGCCACUGCAUUCGGGGCAGGCCGCAUCGUGCGGUCCGCGGCCGGGCGCAAGGACCGGCACAGCAAGGUGUGCACGGCGCGCGGGCUGCGGGACCGGCGCGUCCGCCUCGCCGCGCACACCGCCAUCCGGUUCUACGACGUGCAGGACCGCCUCGGCUACGACCGGCCCAGCAAGGCCGUCGACUGGCUCAUGCGCAACGCCAAGGCCGCCAUCGACGAGCUCCCCGACCGCGCCGAGGCCCCGCCGCCGCCCGCCGCGGCGUCGACGGAGCAGCCCGAGGCCACCGAGCAGGCGACCUCGACGUCCUACGGGUUCGGCAACACUACCGGCGGCACCAUGACCAGCGCCGCGUCGGCCGCUGCUGGCUCCUUCCUUCCACAUUCGCUGGGGGCAGAUCGAGUCUCCGACAGCGUCAAGUCCCUGUUCCCCUCCUCGUCCACAGCCAGCGGCGCCGCCUCCGCCGGACACGACGAGUACAGGGGAUCCCCGCCGGACCUCCUGUCGCGCACGACAAGCAACCAGCAGCCGCAGGAGCUGUGCCUCACCCUACAGUCGAACCAGCACCAGAUCUUCAGCCAUGUCUCGUCGAACCACCACGGUAUGAUCUCGAGUGCAGGCGUUCCAGGUUGGCCCGACCACAGCCAGAGAAUGCAGGCAUGGCAUGCCCCGGAGAACAGCACAGGAGACGGCCGCGGCGGCGGCAAUGGCGACGGCUACAUGUUCGCCAUGCCGUCGCGGCAAGGGCUGGACCAGAGCCAGCUCUUCUCGCAUGGGGAACCCCUUCAGUCCAGCGGUCGCGGGUGGGCGUCAGCCCGCGCAUGGCUAGACCCCCUCGCAGUCGCAGCCAUCCACCACCAGCCGUCGACAAUGGCUGCCGGACAGGUCGGCUUCGGCCAUCUCGUUGGCGGCGCCGGUGGCGGCGGCGGGUUUAUGGGGUUUCUCGCGCCGGCGGCGCAGCGGCUUGAGGGCGAGGAGGAGCACGGAAGUGAGGUGAUCAGGUGAUGAGAAGAGACUGAAGAAUUGAUGCAUGGCGCGCAUGCAGGAGGUGUGUGCUUUCUAUUAAUUAACACACUUCACUGAUCUGCUUAAGGGUACGUGUAUGUCAUUUCAUGUAGGAUUUUGGCUGAUGAAAUUUCCCUCAUUAUUAUCUGCUGUCUUCAUGCAUGUGUAACCAAGGCUUAAUUAAUUAUUAAGAGUACGUUCCCUUGGAACUAGGCAGCUGUUGCUGUUGCAUUAGUUGCUAUUGCUGUUUUCCCCUUUAUUCUCGGCAUGGACAAGAUGUGAUGAUGAAGAGAUGAUAUGGUCUAUGA